AUGUACGUGGACCUGAACGUACGUGCAACUGCGCGCGUGUCAACGCGCGAACUACAGCGGCUGGGUUACGCUUGCGUGUGUGUUAAUGUAACCUGUGAAGGAUCGGAAAAGCCCAAGGCCGUAACAGCAUUCCCGGACUUAGCUCAAUCUGUGCCCAAGGAGAAGAAUAGCAAGACGCCGAAGAAGGCCAAGCUCUACACGGCCGCAAUCGGGAACGGACUGCAGUUGAAGGACACGGGUAUCAAAGACUCGAAGGAGCUGCCAAGACAGCGCAAGCGCAUCACGUUUAAGCUUGAGGAAGUAGCAGACGCACAAAGGCUGCUUCGAGUGGAUGUGGUCAAGGGUUACGAUGUUGUCGCAGUCGAAGCGAUGACGCUGAAGGUCUUUCAGUUUCUGUGCGAACAGGCUGACAUUGACCUGAUCACGUUCGAUGUGACGAACCGGAUACCGUUCCAGAUGAAGCGUCCAUUGAUUGCGGCUGCUAUCAAGCGCGGGAUAUAUUUUGAGAUCACAUACGUGCCGUGCUUGGGUGAUAGCGCUGGGCGAAGGUACUUCUUCUCCAACGCAAGCAACCUGGUGCGCCUCACAGGCGGUAGAAAUCUGGUAUUCUCUAGUGGUGCCACACGCGACAUUCUGCUUCGUUCGCCUUACGACGUCAUUAACAUUGGCCUCUUGUCAGGGCUCAAGCAUGGUCAAGCUCGUGAUGCGAUUUCCACCUCGUGCUUGGCGGUGCUGGAACAUGCAGAUCGGCGCCGAGGAGUUGUUGGAGGAGUCCAGGUCCAAGACACUACGAGCACAGCCAUGGAAUUGAGCUGA